AUGUCCGUCGAUGUAUUGGUUGAUUCAAUACAUUUGUAUCGGUUGAAGCCGAUUUGGGCUCAUGGAUAUGUUGGGCCAUUUUUCCUGCUUUACGCACUCUGGAUUGGUGUUUUCAUACAAUAUUUUGGAUUCGAAGAGUACAAUGAGCUAUUUUAUAUCGGGAUUGGUGUUACAGCCGUUUUACAGGCCUUAGCGAUUCUCUUUUGUCAAUGGAUUGUAUCGAUAAAAUGCUUGAUGACUUGUUCUGCGGCUGUGAAUGUUGAGCAUGCCGAGUAUGCCCAAGUUGUUCCAACGCAAAACAAUGGCCACCCCGAGCUUGUUCCACUACAACGAAAGAAGUUCAUGGGCAUUAAAAAGUUGUGGUUUGAAUUCCAAAAGGUGCAGUACAUGUUUGACGAAGAAGAGCGAAAGUUUCGAACAAUCGAGUUCGAUUCGAAGCGGCCAUUAAAGUUUUAUCAAAAGGCGGGCGGAUUUCAAUCCGAAGAUGAACUAUCCGAAACGAGAUUCAAUUUGGGGGACAAUAGAAUGGAAAUGUUUGUACCACAAUUUUGGGAUCAAUUCAAAGAAAGAGCUACAGCCCCGUUCUUCGUUUUUCAGGUUUUCUGUGUCGGGUUAUGGUGUUUGGAAGACAUGUGGUACUAUUCACUCUUCACACUCCUAAUGCUUAUGACUUUUGAAGCAUCUCUUGUAAAACAACAAAUGCGAAACAUGUCCGAAAUCAGAAACAUGGGAAACAAAUCUUACUUGAUAUACGCUUAUCGUUUUAAUCGAUGGAAUCGUAUUCGAACGGAAGAACUUGUACCAGGCGACAUCGUUUCAAUAACCCGUGGAGCUGAUGACCAAACUGUGCCUUGUGAUGUGCUAUUGCUUCGAGGAUCUUGUAUUGUCGAUGAAAGUUUGUUGACUGGGGAAAGUGUACCGCAAAUGAAGGAAUCAAUUGAAAACGGUGAAGCUCACCGCCACCUGGACAUUGAUGUCGACAGUCGAUUACAUUUGAUCAAUGGCGGAACCAAGAUCGUUCAAGUCUCUCCUCCCGCUAAACAAGAGUCUGGCAUGAAAACUCCUGAUAAUGGAUGUGUAUGUUAUGUGUUGCGCACUGGAUUCCAUACAAAUCAAGGCCGUCUUCUUAGAACCAUUAUGUUUGGCGUUAGACGAGUGACAGCAAACAACUAUGAAACUUUCUGCUUCAUCUUGUUCCUUUUGAUUUUCGCGAUUGCCGCUUCUUCGUAUUUAUGGGUUGUUGGUAGUGCCGACGAGCGUCGUAACAAAUACAAGCUUUUUCUCGAGUGCACACUGAUUUUGACAUCAGUCAUUCCACCCGAAUUGCCGAUCGAGUUGUCACUUGCCGUGAACACUUCGUUGAUGGCUCUUCAAAAAUUUGGAGUUUUUUGUACGGAGCCUUUCCGAAUUCCAUUUGCUGGUAAAAUUGAUGUUUGCUGCUUCGAUAAGACUGGAACCUUGACGACAGACAAUUUGAUAGUUGAAGGAGUUGUCACCAGCCAAGACAAAGAAAAUGGACUUGCUCGUACGGCCGUCGAUGCGCAGGAAAACUCUAUACAAGUGCUAGCUUGUUGCCACAGCUUAGCUCGUUACGAGGAAGAGCUAGUCGGUGAUCCAUUAGAAAAAGCUUGUUUGUCAUGGGUUGAUUGGACUCUAACAAAAGGUGAUACGGUUGUUCCAAGAAAGGCCAAAAUGCACAGUUUAAAGAUUCACCGACGCUUUUAUUUCUCCUCUGCCCUGAAAAGGAUGACGGUUGUUGCUGGGUAUCAAAAACCAGGCUUUGCCGAGGCGCAUUAUUUGGCGUGUGUUAAAGGAGCUCCCGAGACUCUUCGCGAUAUGUUCUCCGAUCGUCCAUCUGACUACGAUAAGCUCUACGAGCGUUUGGCUCUUCAAGGAGCUCGCGUUUUGGCUCUGGGCGUUCGUGAAUUGGGCCCACUCACAACCCAACAAAUUCGUGAUGCGAACCGUGAGCAGUUUGAACAAGAGCUAAAUUUUGCUGGUUUUGUGGUUAUUUCAUGCCCAUUAAAACCUGACACAAAAUUGAUGAUCAAGGAAAUAAUUGAAAGCUCCCAUCAAGUUGCCAUGAUCACUGGUGAUAAUCCUUUGACGGCGUGUCAUGUUGCGCAAACACUGCGAUUUACGAAGAAAAAGGGUCGUGUGUUGAUACUUGAUGAACCACAAGGAGAAGAACAAGAAUGGAGCUUUGUUGCGAUUGAUAGCGAUGAGGAAAAUACCCCCGGCAGAACACGAGUUUCCGUAAAACAAGUUUCGGAGUUCAAAACAAAAGAAUGGAAAGAAUUCAUAACUCUUCAUGAUUUUUGUCUCACGGGCGUUGGUUGGAAUUAUUUGGUCGAGCAACAUCCGACACUUCUCCCGCGCCUUUUGGUUUACAUAAAAAUAUUCUCCCGAAUGGCUCCUAAACAAAAGGAACAUAUCAUAAACGAAUUCAAACGGCUCGGGAAGAUAACAUUGAUGUGCGGUGAUGGAACAAAUGAUGUUGGAGCUUUGAAACACGCGGAUGUCGGUGUUGCUUUGCUAUCUCAUCCGUUCGAUGCCAUCAAGGCAGAAAAGAAAGAACAAGAAGAACGUGAGCGUAAAGAAAAGGAACAAGAAGAAAAGGUAGCCAAUUCCAUAGCACCAGCACCUUCAAAAAGAGCAGAGUUGAUCAAACAGCAGCAACAACGGGCCAAACAAACUCAUCCCAGUGUUACAACAGCACAGAAAAAGUUGGAGACUAUGAUGAAAGAACUUGAAGAGGAAGAAAAGGCUCAGGUGGUGCGUCUUGGUGAUGCCAGUAUUGCUGCUCCUUUUACGAGUAAAUAUACUUCGAUUCAAAGCAUUUGUCAUGUUAUCAAACAAGGCCGUUGUACUUUGGUGACGACUCUGCAAAUGUUCAAAAUCCUUGCCUUGAAUGCUCUCAUCUCUGCUUAUUCUCUUUCGGUUUUGUAUCUUGACGGUGUCAAGUUCAGUGAUACACAAGCAACAAUUCAGGGAUUAUUACUUGCCGCAUGCUUUUUGUUUGUCUCUAGAAGCAAGCCUUUACGUACUCUUUCUCGACAGCGACCACUUUCAAAUAUCUUCAAUGCCUACACGCUAUUGACGGUUACUAGCCAAUUUGCUCUUCACUUCUCUGUGUUGAUAUACAUUGUUGGAUUGGCACAUGAAGUGGAACCGAGAAAGGAAAAGAUCGAUCUCGAGGCAACUUUCUCACCCAAUAUACUUAAUUCUACGGUCUAUGUUAUUUCAAUGGCGCUUCAAGUGUGCACUUUCGCCGUCAACUAUCGCGGGCGGCCGUUUAUGGAAAGCUUGUUCGAGAACAAAGCGAUGCUCUACUCGAUUAUGUUCUCAGGCGGCGCAGUCAUGGCCUUAGCCUUCGGCGCCUCUGAUGACAUGGUCACGCAAUUUGAACUCGUAAAGCUUCCACUUCACCUCCGCGAUCAACUCGUGCUAUGUGUGCUAAGUGAUCUCAUAGGCUGUUUUCUAAUUGAUCGUACUCUAAAUUAUUUCCUUGGCGAUAUGUUU